AUGUCGCUCCACGUUUUCAUCGCCCAUACGGGCAAGCGGCUUGAGGCCGACCCUGUCAACUUUAACUCGCUGGACGCCCUGCGUUCGUGGAUCCACACUUCCACUCACAUCCCGCCUCAGGACCAGGUCUUUCUUACCGCGCGCGGCAAGAACGUGAAGCUCCAGACCCUUCUUACAGAGAGGGAGAUCUUCGUCUACGAUCGCGACCUGUUCGCUCUCCCGACCCCACAAAACAUCGACGCAGUAGUUCCGCCGACACCGCUUCCCGAUCAGUUUGCUCCGACCGAUCCUCCCGAUAUUCUCAAAAGCCACACGGAUCUCAAAUCAUGGCAGAGCCUCUUCAAAGCGCGGCGAGACUGGGCUCUGGACCUUGUCGCCCAGUGUCGCUCCAUGUCAGACAGGGCGCAGCAGGUCUUUGACGAGCAAUCCGCUAUAAACCGGGGAGUCCGCAUCGCCACCGGAAACCACGAAGCGCACAUCAAAAGCCUGGAACAGACACAAGCAGAUGCACGCGCAUGGGUUGAGGGCAUCGCCAAGGAGCAGGAGGACAGCCUCCAGUCUUGGGAGGCCGAUUUGGCACGCCUAAGCAAGAUCCCUGCGAGUGAGCAGUUCAGGCGCUUCACUUCGACGCCAGACGAUACACCCCGGAAGCAGAGCAAGAGGUCCAGUGGUAACCGCACUACGCUUGAUACCUUCGUGGACUCGGAGAAGGCAAGACAGGCAGCUUCCAUGGUUACGAGUAUACUGGAUGAGCUCUGGGGCCGCGUCGCCGAUAUGGAUGCCAACAUUGAGAAAAUCACGUUGGACUACGGUGAAUUGCUGAAUGCAGUCGGCCAAAGCAGUAGCCAAUCGUCCCACGAUCACAGCCAAGAGCCCACCAGUUUGCUUGAGGAAGUGGAGGUAGUGGUAAAGAAAGUAGUUUCGGAUUAUGAGCAUGUUCGCAGCCUACCGCCGAACCCCAAAUCAGUAACAUCGGUUUCUAAAAUGGCGCUGCUCCAUACACGGAACCACCUUCCCACGCUUGUGGAAUACGCCCAUGAAAUGAACGAUCUUGAGCGGAGAGCCGUCGAGCAGAAGAAUUUUACAGUCCGUUCGGCCAUCGAACAUAUGCAGACGAUAGCUGUAAUCGAGGGGUCGAUCACUGCUGCUAACGCAGCCUUUCCAAAUAUUGAUAUACCUACAGAGAGCCAAGAGGCCAUAGAUGCACUACUGGCUAUUUCGAAAAUGCCCUACAUCUAUGGCAUUAUCUUGCUUGAAGCUGUGCGGCGGAAUGAGUGGGCUGAUAAGAUGAGAAGGGACUCGGCGGCAUUGGCCGAGGAGAUCGCUGGCUACCGCGAGGAAGAGGAUCGGCGGAGAAAACGGUGGCUCAAGAGCAAUGCCGGCGUCGUCAACACGGACGCGACCAAGGGCAGCAUCCUUGGCAUUGAAAUAAAUGUUCAAGGUCAGGAUGAAGCAUGGCCGCAUGUUGUCCGUCAGGAUUUCCAAGACUACCUGUCAGCUCUUGGCAAUACUGGAGGGUUUGAGCCUAUUGUGGAAGAGUUAACGAAGGCUCUUAAGGAUCUUGAUCGUCCCACCCGCCAGCAGAUCAAGCAUGCCAAGGGAUUCAAAAACGGAAGUCUGCAUGAAGCCGCGCUUGGAAAGGGCUCGCUGAUGCUCCGUGGAGAAGAUGAAGUACGGGUAUUAAGAGAAUCCAUGAUAAAGACUGAGGAGGAGCUGAAGAGCUCAAAGAGUCGCGUGCGGAAAUUGGAAGAUCUGCUCCAUCGCCAGAGUCAUAUCAGCCGACUUUCUAUCGCGAGCGGUGGUGGCCCACCGACCUCACAAACACCCGAUACUCCCACAGCGGAGCAUUAUCAAAAUGCUGCUUCUCCAAGGCCUCAGGACGAAUUGUCUCGGCAGUCGUCUGUUUCCUCGCGCCGGUACUCUGCUAAUAAGAGUACCGAGGAAAAGAAUCUGGCAAAACGUGUCGUCAGCCUAGAGGCAGAGCUCGUAGCCGAGAAGGAGCGUAGCGUAGGCCUAGAAAAGGAGGCUUCUGCACGGCACGAUGCGGUCAACAACCUGCAGCGCCAUGUCGAGGAAAGAGUAUCCACUAAUAAGGAUCUCAUGGAAAAUAUUGACUCGAUGCAGAAAGACUGGGCCGAGGAACGCCGUGCUCUUGAGGCUGAAAAUCGACGACUAAGAUACAAGAACGAGGAACUCGAGGAGGAGCUCGAAAGGAAUUUGGGUAGCCGUGACAACGAAAGGGAACAUCAUGACGUUAAGCUGCAGUCCCUUGAAGCUGAACUCGAACAGAUUCGCAGAGAUGCAGCUGAGGAGAGCCAGCGGCACAGGGAGCGUGCUGAUGUUGACCAAAGAGCAAUCCAGGAUAUGGAGCAAGCGAUCCAGGACCGUGACGCGGCGCGAGCGGAGCUGAACGAGACCCUUUUGAACGCGUAUGCUGCGCUGGCUGAAGACGAGUCUCCUCCAGAAAACAGCGACAUGUUAGCAGUCGAGCUCGAGAAGCUGGCUCAAAGGACCAAGAAUUACGCGCAGGAGCUCAUCGAAGCCCUCGACGACGCAAGGGCCGACAAUGAAGCUAUCCACGGCGAAGCUGCAAAGGAGCGUGAUGAGCUGGAAGAGACAAUUAAGUCGCAUGCGGCAGAGAUCUCGAAGCUACAAGAGGAAUACGCUGUUGAGACUGCCCGAGCCAAAUCUCUCUCCGAAGAAUUGGAAGAAGAGCGCGGCCAUCUUGAGCACUUGCGAGCUAAGUUUGCGGAAGGCGAAACCGGCUCGGAAGCUUUGCGGCAACGUGUUGCAGAGGAAGAAGGAAAAGUUGAGCGGUUUAACGUGGAGCUUUCUGAGGUCAGAGCGCAUGCCACGAAGUUGGAGUCCGACCUCUCUGGCUUAAAACAGAAGCACGACGCGUUGGAGAACGCCAGCAGCAAUGAUUCUUCCCGAUCAGAGCAGCAGUUGAAGCGCGCUAGGGAGCUUUCAGAGAAGCUGCUCGCGCACAACGAUCGUCUGCACAAGCUUUUGGAGACGCUUGGGUUUGCUGUUACACACCAAAAUGGCCAAAUGGUUAUUCAAAGAGCAUCAAAGGUGGCUGGCAGCAGCACUAUGCUGUUGGGCGAUGCUGCAGAGGCAAUGAAGCGCAGUUUUUCGUCCGGGCCCUCAGCCAAGAAGCCGCUCGAAAGCUCCACCGAGCUCAACGCAAUCAAAUGGACACAGCAGGACAACGCCGAAGAAGAAGCAGCCAAAUAUGUUGAUUUUAUCAACAUCGUUGAUCGAUUCGACGUUGAGACUUUCAGCGAAGCCAUCACGAAACGCAUGAGGGACAUGGAGCACACAGCGCGGAAAUGGCAGAGGGAAGCCCGUACCUACCGCGACAAGUCUCACCGCUACCAAAGCGAUGCGCACGAAAAAAUAGCCAUUCGCGGCUUCAAAGAGGGCGACCUCGCGCUCUUCCUCCCGACUCGCAACCAGGCGACACGCCCCUGGGCUGCCUUCAACGUCGGCGCGCCGCACUACUUCCUGCACGAGCAGGAGUCGCACCGGCUGCAAAACAAAGAGUGGCUCGUAGCGCGCAUCACGAAAGUCGAAGAGCGGGUGGUGGACCUUUCAAAGUCCAUGGACGGCAUGCGCGGCAGCGACGGCCGGUCCAUCGGCGACGCCAGCAGCGGCAUCAGCUACGAAGACGACAACCCGUUUGAACUGUCGGACGGGCUGCGCUGGCAUCUAGUCGAAGCAGCCGAGGAGAAGGUCGGCGCGCCACUGACGCCGGGCCUGGGCAAGAGCACGGUGCACAGCACGAACGUGGACGCGCGCGGCAGCAUCCGCAUGAAGAAGAGCUUGAUCGGGAACGAUGCUAGUAAGACGCUGAACAAGAGCCUAGACAGCCGGCGCAACAGCGCGACGUCGACGUCUCGACGCGCGACGAGAGGCAGUCCGGGGACGCCGGAGACGCCUACGGCGGCGGGGGAGGGGGGAGCGGGAGACGGCCGCAUGCGCGCCGACAGCCGCUCGUCGAGCUUGCGCCCGCUGCCUGCGGCCGUGGUGGUGGGAGAGACGACGGCGUCGCCGUCGCCGCCCACGGCGGCGAGAGAGGGCGACCGUGCUGCUGCUGAUGAGGUCAGGACCGACCAGCUCCUGGGGCCGUGA